CUCACACCUCCCUCAAGACUCUUCCCUUACUUCGACUUGAUCGGUUCCUUGGCAACUUCAUCUUUGCCAUCUUCUGCUUGUCCUCUGUCUGUUUUUCCUUCGUCAGGGUGAUCGCUCCUUCCUUCAAUCGCCCUACCCCCAAACCAGCGGUGGACACCUCAUAGUACAACCACAAAGAACAGCGACAAAGACUCUUUCUUCCCCGUUUACGAUCAUGGCCACCCCUCUUCCUCCCUCCUUCGUCGUCCCCGCGACCCAGACUGAGACCCGCAGAGAUCCUCUUCAGCAUGAUGAGCUGCCCCCACUUUUCCCCGAAAAGAUCACCGUCUUCAACAUCUGGAAGUAUCUCGACUACAAACAUGUCAUCGGUCUCGGACUCACGCCCCUGAUCGCCCUCUACGGUCUCCUCACCACUGAGAUCCAGCGCAAGACUCUGAUCUGGUCCAUUGUGUACUACUACGCUACCGGACUCGGCAUCACAGCAGGAUACCAUCGUCUUUGGGCCCAUCGCGCCUACACGGCUGGACCCGCUAUGAGCUUUGUGCUCGCCCUCCUCGGUGCCGGCGCUGUUGAAGGAUCUAUCAAGUGGUGGUCUCGUGGACACCGCGCUCAUCAUCGUUGGACCGACACUGAGAAGGACCCCUAUAGCGCCCACCGCGGUCUCUUUUUCUCCCACAUUGGCUGGAUGUUGGUCAAGCGCCCUGGCUGGAAGAUUGGACACGCCGAUGUCGACGACCUUGCCAAGAACAAGUUAGUUCAGUGGCAGCACAAGAAUUACUUGUUCCUCGUUCUCUUCAUGGGCAUCAUUUUCCCCACUCUCGUCGCUGGUCUCGGCUGGGGCGACUGGCGCGGAGGCUACUUCUACGCUGCCAUCCUUCGUCUCGUCUUUGUCCACCACGCCACCUUCUGCGUCAACUCCUUGGCCCACUGGCUCGGUGAUGGACCUUUCGAUGACCGCCACUCGCCUCGCGAUCACUUCAUCACCGCCUUUGUCACCUUGGGAGAGGGCUACCACAAUUUCCACCACCAGUUCCCUCAGGAUUAUCGCAAUGCCAUCCGCUUCUACCAGUACGAUCCUACCAAGUGGGUCAUUGCCAUCUGCUCCUUCUUCGGUCUUGCUUCGCACCUCAAGACCUUCCCCGAGAAUGAGAUUCGCAAGGGACAGCUCGGUAUGGUGGAGAAGAAGGUCCUUGAGAAGAAGACCAAGUUGCAGUGGGGUACUCCCAUUUCGGAGCUUCCUGUUAUGAGCUUUGAGGACUACCAGCACGCCUGUAAGAACGACAAUAAGAAGUGGAUCUUGCUCGAGGGUGUUGUGUAUGAUGUUGCUGACUUCAUCUCCGAGCACCCCGGUGGCCCCAAGUACCUCAACAUGUCGAUUGGCAAGGACAUGACGGCAGCCUUCAAUGGUGGCAUGUACGACCACAGCAACGCCGCCCGCAACCUUCUCAGCUUGAUGCGUAUCGCUGUUGUCGAAUACGGUGGAGAGGUCGAGGCCCAGAAGAAGAACCCUUCGAUGCCCAUCUAUGGUCAGGACCACGUCAAGGCCGAGUAAUUUCGGCGGGGUGCGACAUUUACGACUAUACCUUUUCAUUUCCUUUAUCUUUUAAUGUUCUCGUACCAAUUCCCAGUUCAUCGUCCUCCUUGUUGCUAUACAUGAAGAUAUAGCACAUUCCUUGUAUCAUUUUACAUCUUUAUCCGCCAUCCUCCUCAACAGCUUGCAUCUUCGCGUUCAUCCUCUGUUAUCAAGUAAUAAUAAAUUGUAGCUUAUUAGAAAAA